CUUGCGCCUUUCGAGACUCGGACACCCUCUGCGUCAUGCGUCAGAAAAUCCCCGUUUCUGCUGCUUCGGCGCGCGCCGAGUCGAGGGCGGCACAGGCCUGCGAGGCGGUUUUGAGUGUUGGUCAAGAAAAGUCUUCUUCCAUUCACUCUGCUUCUGCAUCUUAGUUUCUUCCAGUGCGUCUUCAAUCCGUCCUCCUCGAUUCGUCUUUCCCCCCUUUCUCUGCGCUCUCCCCUCCUUUUCGCCUCGCCUCACCUCUCCCGCCUCUCCCGCGUGUCUUGACCUUCUCUGCCUGCGUUUUCUCUUGGCUGUCUUCGCGCUGCGGCCUUCCGCCUUCGUCGGGUCCUGCGUUCGUCUGCGUUCGUCUUGCCUCCGUUUCCUUUCGCUUCUUUUCCCUCCUCGUCUCUCUCCUGGCGAGGAGACUCCCAGAAGCGAAGUCUCGACGGCGCCGAGGUUGCGGAGACUGCUCUCCGUGUUCUUCUAGCCGCCCGCGUCCCCCUGCUCGCGUUCAGCUCUGGGACGCCUUCCCUCCACCUUGUAGCACAGGGUUUUUUCUCGACGAAUUUUUGCCGCGCAAAGAGUCUCAGCGCCUCGUCAGCUCCAGGCUUCGUCGGGCGGCGUCCGGGCAGCGCCUCUCUGUCUUCGCCUCUCUCUGCCGUUUCCACCAUCCAGCGCUUUUUCGUCCGUCAGAACUAUGCACAAGGACUCGCAACGUCGCGGGCGUCUCUUCCUCCCUACGCACCAUUUCCUCAGGUGGACGUACACCGCAUCCUCUCGGAAUCCGAUUGCGUCUCCAAACUCUGUGUCCGCGUUCUCGUCCGCUCGAUGUUCCUCCCGCCUCUUCUCGACAUGCCUGGGCCGUCCCGCUCGCGUUUUCCUUCUUCCUUUUCUUCUUCCACAUUCUCUUCCGCAAGGCCUCCCUUCGUCCGCGCCUCUUCCCUUGCUUCGCAAGAGUCUUCGCGUCUGCCGCCGCGUUCGCUGUCGACGGCGCUGCUCCGCGACCGCUUGGAGGAGACGCUCCGGGGACGGUCGAGGCGAGGGUCGAGUCCGAGAGCCGCGCGCGAGAAGCAGUCCUCUCCUUCUCUCUUGAAUGCGUCUCAGUCUUCGCUUCUUUCUUUCUCCUCUUCUCGGCGUCUCGCGCCUCCCUCGCCCUCGUCUUCUUCCACGUCUUCUCCCGACGGCAGGCUCUCCUCUCCACGCCGGCCUUCGUCUUCCACUCGAGAACCUUCUCCUUCCCUGCCUUCUUCUCGUCGACGAAACUCGCCGGCUCGAAGGCAGCCGCCUCUCUUCUGGCCCGACGCACCUUCGCCUCAGUCUCGGCGCAGCGCCUCUCUCCGCCAGGCCGCCUACGAGCAGAAGCUGCGGCGCUUCCAGGCGAAGCUGAGAGCCGCCGAUCUUCUGCUGUCUCCGCCUCUCUCGCCUGCGACUUCCUCUGCUCCGCCCUCUCCCUCUCCUCCGCAGGUGUCCUGCUCGCCGCGCUCUCCCGUCUCCGACAGGAAGCGCGAAGAAGCUCCUGUCGUCUCGACGUCGACGCCUGCGUCUUCCUACGCGUCGAGGAAUGCAUCUCUGCCUCCGCUCUCUUCUCGCGUGUCUUCUCUCCGAGAGCUGUACUUGCGCGCAAACCGAUCUGCUCGAGAAAGCGAGUCUCGUCCAACUCGCCAAAGUCCCGAUUUGAGAGAGGGCCGCGCGUCUUCUCGCUGUUCGCCUCGCCAGUCGUCGCUCUCCUCUUCUUUCUCCGUUCGUUCGGGACCGCGGAACGGCAAAGCCUGCACCAUGACGGGCAGCGCAAGCGACGAAGCUCUCGAAGUUCGAGUGAAAAACGUGGAAGAGAAAGCUGCGCAAAUCAGAUUCGCGUUCAACACGCGCAGCAAGCUUCAGCAACAGGAGGUGAAUUCUCUCAACGACCGACUUGCCGCUCUGCGCCUGCGGCGAGACCUCCCUGUCUCCGGUUUCCUUGGAAGCGCCGGCAUGGCCGAGAGGCUCAUCAAAGACGAACUGCAAGCCAACAAACAUGCCCGUUUAGCGUUUGCGGAGCAGUGUGUGAGCGACGGGGAUUGCAUGCUGCAAGGUGUCCGUGAUCUGCACAGAAAAACCUUCGAGAAGACGCGCGCGCGCCGCGGAGCAGAGUCAGGCGUUGUGGAGAUUGAGGAGUCUAUGCAAGGGUGUCGAGAGGUGCUCCAGGCGCUUGGAGACUCCAGGAAAUCUCUGGAAUCAUCUCUCCAGCGGCUGCUCUCGGAAGCUUUUCAGGGCGUUCAGGAGACGAUAUCUCAAGAGCGCCGCAUUUGCGAUGACGCCGAGGCGUCGAUGAGCAGGAUGCUGGAAGAGCUGCGAGAGCAGGCGCGCGGCGACAUUCGCGCGAGCCGCGAAAACCGCGAACAAGUUGAAGAGCAGAUUCUCCAGCUCCUCGAAGACGCAUGCGUCAAAGUGGAGACGUCUGUGCUGACGAACGCGAACCUUCCGCAGCAGGCCUGACGGCGGCGAACGCGUUCUCCAGAGAUUUUUUCCAAAGAACUCCUUUGUCGAACAAAGAAUCUAAGCCGUGUCUUUACACUGUCUCUUGUAGAAAACCUUUUUCAGGACGUCCUCUGGGGCUUCGCCGAGCAGCGGGAGCAGCGGCCUCGCAGAGAGACCUCCCUGUUCACUCGGCCUUUUGGUAGACGCGGUCACGCACAAAUCUCCCCCUUUCUACAAGCAAAUCUACGAAUGUGAAGUUGUACUAGAGAGAUACAAAUAUGCAGACAUCUGCAUGCACAGAGCUUGCACCUGCGUAUGAAUGCAUGUGCAUCGGGUUUCCUGCUCUUCUCGGCCGCCUUCUCAACUAUCGACGUUGCCAGCAGCGUGUUUCAAGAGGGAAAUACAAAUACGCGCACAAAACCUGAAUUCUCAUCAAUAUAUAUAUAUAUAAGUUCGUGUCAUUAAAAGCAUACAUUAAUGUACAUACACAUACAUACAUGCAUAUAUAAUAUAUAAUAUAUAUAUAUAUAUAUAUAUAUAUAUAUAUGCGCGUGGGUAGAGAGAACAGGGAGGGCGCUCGGGUGUUGCGGUCAGGAUGUGAUGCAUCCCCACAGGUUUUUCGUUGAGACUUUGUCUCUCACGUGAGAGGUGCUGUUUCUUCAGGUUGUGUCUCAGACUUGUCGGUUUUCUUGUCAAAGCGGUAACUGAA